CCAGAUGACAAAUACCUGAGAAUGGAUUGGUUUUUUUUGGCUCUUCUGGGGUGUAUGAUUCCCCUUUCUUUAAGCUACGAAGAGGAGUCAUGUUUCGUUUCUCAUGAAUGCGAAGAUGAGUGUGGCACGAUUUUCUAUCCAAUUGUUAAGCCCUUGCUGAAGUACUUUGAAACUUGUAGCGCAAAGAAUCUCAAGUUUGAGGAACUACAAGCCACCAUUCGAGAAAAGGAUAAUGAAAUAAAAAUAUUAAAAGAUCAACUUGAUGCUUUGACAAAAUCAAGUGAGAUUUCAGAGCAGCCCCCACCCUUUAUCUCCCCAAUCACCGAGAGUUGUUCUCCCAACGAAAAUGCCACAACAACCAUUUACAUCCCAGGACGAGAUCCUUUCCAGGUGAUUUGUCGCUCCGGAUGGAUUGUGGUCUUGAAUAGCCAACGACAUAAACAUGGUUUUAAUCGGACAUUCGAGAACUAUAAAGUAGGUUUCGGAGAUCCGGAGGGAGAAUACUUUAUUGGCUUGGAAAGGCUGUAUCUGAUAACGACAAGUGUAGCCCACGAGCUGAGGGUGAUCAGCACCUAUUUUCCUCCAAUCCAAUGCGACAACUUUGAGGUGAGUGAUGAGGAUGAUGAAUAUGCGAUAACAAGCCUGGAAGGCUGCUCCGGAGAUCCUGCUGCUAUAUCCCUCAAGGAGAGUACUCCAUUUUCCACCUACGAUCGGGAUCAAGAUGGUCAGCCAGACACCAAUUUGGCGGCUGUCUGGGGUCGUGGCUGGUGGUACAAUGGUCUUGGUGGAGUGUACGUAUGA